AUGGCCCAGAGCAGGAGGACAUACAAUCGCGUAUUCAACCACAUCGGAGUAUCAGCUCCAAAUGCUGAAGCAACCGUGGAUUGGUAUUCGAGGGUCCUCGGGUUCCAGCUGUUGGGCAAGAUCUGCCACAUCAAGCGUUCCGAAAAUCCGAAUGACCCCAUAUUCGGAAUCUAUCCCAAAGAGCUACAAGAGGUCAAGCUCGCAAAGAUGGUCACCGGAAACGGCGUCGGAUUCGAGAUAUUUGAAUUCAUCAAUCCGAGGUUCCAGGAGGCGAAGGCUUUCGAUUACCAGAAGAGCGGCUUCUUCCAUGUCUGCGUCACUGAUCCGCAUCCGGAAGAGCUGGCGGCCAAGGUCAUAGCUGAGGGAGGAAAGCAAAUUGGAAGGACGGUGGACCCAUCUGGGAAGGGUGAAAUCGUGUGCCUCUACUUUUCCGAUCCUUGGGGCAACAUUGUCGAAGUUUUGGACGUCGGCUUCGAGUUCAUGGCGUUAAGGUCUGCAUUGUAG